AUGUCAAUAUUUGGCGCGAAAACCUUCAUAUUCCCGCCAUACAUAAAUCACCGACCUUUGGCUUCCUUCAACAGAAAAAGGACCCAAAUCAAAACCAAAACCUACCAAAUUCCCAUUUCCAUAGUUUGGAAACUAAGCACCAGUGAAGAGCAAAUGGGGAGAGAAAAACAUUACUGGCUACUGAAAACGGAGCCAGGAGAGUGGUCAUGGGAGGAUCAAGCAGCCAACGAAGGCCUAUCAGAGUGGGAUGGAGUGAAGAAUAAGCAGGCCCAAAAGAAUCUCAAGUCCAUGCGUAUUGGGGACCUCUGUUUCUUCUACCACUCCGGUGCCAAGGCCCGCCGUGUCGUCGGCGUGGUCUCGGUGGUCCGGGAAUGGUACGGUGACGACGAUGCUGAAAGCGGUGGGGCUGUGGAUGUGAAGGCUGUUGGGGAAAUGAGAAGGCCGGUGGAUUUGAAGGAGAUGAAGGGGGAUACAGGGUUGAAAGGGUUUGUGUUAUUGAGGCAGCCCAGGUUGUCGGUUGUGCCGGUGGAGAGAGAGGUCUGGGACAGGGUUUGCGAAUUGAGUGGUGGGUUUGAAGGGGAUGGUGGUGGUGGUGGUGAUGAUGAUGAUGAUCAGAACAAGGCUAUGCUACUGUGA